CAAUCUCACUUGCUAGCUAACACAGUUUCUAAAGAAGCAAAAAUGAUUCGGCUAACAGAGUUGAUCAAAAAAUUAUCGAGUGCAUCUCUCCAUCGUUUCAUCCACCAAGACUUCCAUGAAGUUGUUGAUAGGAUGACCAUUAUUGAUGCUUUUCUUUUCCUGAUUGUGCACUCCAUUGAUAAGCUGGGGAUAUGGCAUCGGUUGCCUGUAUUCUUAGGCCUGCUUUAUUUGUCUGUACGGAGGCACCUUCACCAGGAGUACAGCUUGUUCAAUGUUGGGAGAACCCCUACCGGAGUUCGUUAUAACCCAGCAGAUUAUCCGUAUAGAACAGCCGACGGAAAAUAUAACGAGCCCUUCAACGAGGGUGCAGGAAGCCAAGGAACUUUCUUUGGAAGAAACGUUCUCCCAGUAAAUCAACAAGAUAAGCUGAAGAAGCCAGACCCCAUGGUCGUUGCCACAAGACUACUAGCUCGGAAAAAAUUUAUAGACACAGGAAAGCAAUUCAACAUGAUAGCAGCUUCAUGGAUUCAGUUUAUGAUACAUGACUGGGUUGAUCACAUGGAAGAAACUGAGCAGAUUGAGCUUGUUGCACCAAAGGAAGUUGCAAAUCAAUGCCCACUUAGAUCUUUCAGGUUUUACAAGACGAAGGAAGUCCCCACUGGAUUCUGGGAUAUCAAGAGUGGAGCAUUGAAUAUUCGUACACCUUGGUGGGAUGGAAGUGCUAUAUACGGGAGCAAUGAAAAAAGGUUGCACAAGGUUAGAACUUUCAAAGAUGGGAAGCUCAAGAUAUCUGAAGACGGCCUUCUCCUUCAUGACCAAGAUGGGAUUGCUGUUUCAGGAGAUGUUCGCAAUAGUUGGGCAGGUGUUUCCAUUUUGCAAGCCCUCUUCGUUAAAGAGCAUAACGCAGUUUGUGACACCCUCAAGAGGGAAUAUAAGGACUUGGGAGACGAAGAGCUAUACCGGCAUGCAAGGCUAGUGACUUCUGCAGUAAUUGCAAAAGUUCAUACAAUUGAUUGGACUGUUGAACUUCUCAAAACUGAUACACUAUUAGCAGGGAUGCGAGGCAAUUGGUAUGGGUUGUUGGGGAAAACUUUCAAGGACAAGUUUGGUCAUGUUGGAGGAGCUAUCUUGGGAGGUGUUGUGGGGCUUAAGAAGCCUGAAAACCAUGGUGUCCCAUAUUCAUUAACUGAGGAGUUUGUCUCUGUUUACAGAAUGCACUCACUUCUCCCUGAUUACCUUCAGCUUAGAGACAUAUCAGCUGCACCGGACUCUCACAAAUCUCCGCCUUCAACUGACAAGAUACCUAUGCCAAGUUUGAUAGGUCGUGGAGGAGAAAAAACAUUAUCUGGAAUUGGAUUUAUUAAACUUAUGGUUUCAAUGGGCCACCAAGCUUCUGGGGCAUUGGAACCAUGGAAUUAUCCCAUGUGGCUCAGGGACGUCGUAGCACAGGAUGUUGAUGGUAUGGACCGGCCUGAUCAUGUAGACCUUGCCGCUCUUGAAGUUUACCGGGACAGGGAGAGGAAUGUUGCGAGGUACAAUGAGUUUCGUAGGGCUCUACUACUGAUACCCAUCUCAAAAUGGGAAGAUGUAACGGAUGAUCAGGAGGUGAUAGAAGCUCUUCAUCAAGUCUACGGUGAUGAAGUGGAAGAGCUCGAUCUUCUAGUGGGACUCAUGGCAGAGAAGAAAAUUAAAGGAUUUGCAAUUAGCGAGACUGCUUUUAUCAUAUUCCUUCUCAUGGCAACCAGGAGGCUAGAGGCAGAUAGGUUCUUCACAAGCAAUUUCAACGAGGAAACAUACACGAAGAAAGGAUUUGAAUGGGUGAAUUCAACAGAGAGUCUGAAAGAUGUCCUUGAUCGUCAUUAUCCAGAAAUGACUGCAAAAUGGAUGAACUCAGCAAGUGCUUUCUCUGUUUGGGACUCGCCUCCACCUUCUCCCAAUCCCAUUCCUCUUCUUUUUCGAGUUCCGAAGUGAAACCAAACCCGUCCAAUAUCUAUUCUCGCAGUCAUGUGUGUUAUAUGUAACAAAAUAAAAUGCUCUGGCUAGAUUUCGUUUGGGGCUUGGGAUCGCUCGGAGAUUGUUUUUUUAUUAUUAUUAAUAAUAAUAUUCCUUCUUGUGUGUUACCUUGAAAAACAGCAAUGUUAUGUCUCAAUAUAAAUAAAUAAAGAAGGAAGUUUCUUA